UGGGUUUUGGAGCAAUUGGGAUGGUGCCUUUGGUAGGAUUACUAAAGGAAAUGGUGUAUCUUCUUCGAGCAAUAGCAUGGCAUGGAAGGCUAUUAGUGAUGGGAAUCAAGACGACAGCAUAUCUACCACGUCAUGUGAUCCAUUACACACCCAAGGAGGUCCAGUCACGCGAGCUAGUGCUAAGAAGAUGCGUGAAGCUUUAAAUGGCCUUAUUGAGCAGAUCUGGGUUGAAAACAACAUACAACAAGCAAAUCGAAGCUUGUAUGAUUAUCAAGGCAUGAUAAACAUCAUUCAGGUUCAAGAGAAGCUUAAUUGAGAUCAUUUAUGCUAAAUUACACAGUUUGCGUCAAUCUCGCAAUUCUAUCGCAAUUUGUAACAAACUGAUAUUUCAUGU